AUGAACGAACAAGCACAUCAUGGUAUAUUGCAGGAGGUUGGUGGUGAAUCUGAAGAAACUAAUAAUUCUCCUACAAACACAACUGACCACGGUAUUAAUGUAAGUUAAUUUUUGUUUUGAAUAGGUAAUUUCAUGAAAUUAUAUAGGUAGGUAUUUUAAAUAAUAUUAUGUAGGUAGUAAAUAGUUAUAUUUAGUUUAUUUUAGACUUUCAUUCCUAGGGGGUAUCAUAAAUUUCCUAGGGGUACGCUAAAGCAGGCAGAGCUGGAUCUAGGAAUUUUUAAACUUUGGGAAAACAAUUAAAAAAAUAUGUUCAAUAUUGACUUUUUUUUGUAGCUCAUCGAAAUUAUUUUUAAAUUAUUAUUAUUAAAGUUAUUUAUAUAACGUCUUUUUAACAGCUUAGCGGGCCAUGUAGACCCAUUCUGCCACCACUAUAUCAUUCCAUCAGUCCCUAUCAUUCGUAUUCUCUAAUUGCAUAUUUUCAUGGAUCAUUACUAGAUGUUUCUCUACUACAUCUUUCUACCUUGUUCGAGGCCUUCCAAUAGGUCUUUUCUCCACAAUUCUACCUUCUAUGACUCGUUUCAUAGUUUUCCCAUCUGCCCUCCAAACGUGUUCAUCCCAUUCUAUCCUCUUACUUCUACUGUACGAUAAUAUAUUUGGUCUUCCAUACAUAUUUAGCUAGUCAUUAUUAUUUUAUAAAAGACAUUCUCUUCUCUAAAGUCUUCUAUGUUUUAUUUCGUACUUUCUCGUUUCCAUAUUAUACACAGAGCCAAAUAUUUUAUUUUUUUUAUAUUAUCAACAAAAUAACUCAUAAUUGGUCCAUAACUCAUUUUAUACAAUAUGUAAGUAGUUACGUAGUAAUGUCAUAGUGUUAUACAUUUUCAGGGGAUGGUAUACAUUUUUUUGCGAGGAGGUUAUAGUUAGGUCUCAUUGAAAUAAACACUGGUUCUAUACUUCUAUCUUCUUUGUACCUGUGCUUAUAUGGCUGUAGUGCUGCAUACUUAGUUUACCUGUAUCAAAUUUUUUUUGUUACCUAUGCCAUUAUUGGUAAUUUUUGAUUCUGAGUGGAGCAAGGAAUGUAACUAUUGAUUUUAUAAUGAUAUUUAAUUUAUUUUUCUGUGAGAAACUUUUCUAUCAGAAAUUGUGAUUUCAAGUAUAGUUGCUUUUAUAUGAUUGGAAAUUUGUCAUUUUUUGAUUUUCCCAGGAUUUUAUCACAUUUUAUAACAUAUUCAAAUAGAAUCAUUUUAAAUAUUUGGAGAAUGUCAGCAUUAAUAUAUGUACCCAUGCAAAAUUUUCUACUACACUGAAAAUAGCUGAUGAGGGGGUGAAUUGAUAAAUUGUCCUACAUUCAUUUAAAUUCACAUAUAGCAUGUAGUAUUGUCGGCUACCUAACACUCAACAAAAUUCUGGUAAGUGAAUUUAACCAAUUUUACAAAAUUUGACAGCUAAACUAAAAAAAUAAAAAAAUAACUUCCCCUAUGCAUUAUGUCAAAAAUGCUACAAAUCCUAAAACGUUUUUAAUUGGUGCAAUAGUUUUUGUAGACAAGUUGUGUACACAUUUACAAAAAAAAAAAAAAAAACAUUGAUGUAAUUAUUAUAAUUAUUUUUGUAAUUUGUAUUCAGCAAUAUCUAGUCGAUUAUUAAUUUUUAUAUUUAUUAUAAUAAUACUCCAUUGGUCACAAUUUAUCCCUUUAAUCAAAGUUUUAUUAGUUUCUAUUUUGUAGUGAUUUUUAAUUUAGGUUUUUGGGUAGAGGCUAGGCAUUAUUGCCUACAUUAAAAUGUACUCAAUACCAAAUUUAGUAUUAUUCUAUAGUUCAGUGCCUAUUAAUAUUUUAAUAUAUUAAGCUGGGAGAGGUUUAUUACCUCAUUACCCCAUUCCCUUAAAUCCUCUGUUUUUGAGUACUUCAGCCAAUUGGUUAUACUUUGUUGAGUUGUUAUCAUUUUCAAAUAAGUCUUGCAAUUCAUCUAAUGACCUUUGAUCUCUAAGUAGAAUUAAUAAACAAUAAAUUAUAAUGUGUAGGUAAACUCAUAUUUAAUAAUAAUGUUCACAUAAUAUUAUUAACAUUAAUAAUUAACAUAAUAUUGUUAAAAUUCAAUUUUAAAGUAUAUAUUCAAUGUAUCAGGAGACUUUCUUCAUUAUUAAAGUUUCUGAAUCAUUGUUAUUAUGAUUUAAGUAAUGAUUAGCUUGGAAUUUGAAUGAUGAAGAAUUAAUUUAAAUAUUUUUAAUAUCACUUUUUUAAUUAGUUACAAUAAAAUAAGAAUUUCAGGUGUGUCCUGGAUGUAUGGUCGUGUGUAUUGUUGUAAAUUUUUCUAUUAACAUAGUAAUUCUUUUUAGUAUAAUUCACCAUCUAUUAUGUAUAGUUACUUAUUGUAACUUUUAAAAGAUAUAAUUUUAUUAAGAUACAUAGGCCAUUAAAUAGUUAAGCUAUUCUACAUCCCUGGCACUAACUAUUGUUAUGGUACAAAGUGCAAUCUUCAUAUAUACUGCCCAGGUAUCAAAAAAAUGUGCCACCUGCAAUCACUGUGUAGUUAAUCUAUGUAUCUUUUAGAUCACAUUUGAAUUGAGCACAUAAAACCUUCUCCUCUCACCAUUGCGGUUUUUUUCAUGAAAUUAUAAUUUUUUUAUCUACUGUAAUGUUAAUAGUGUAUCUAAUAGAUAUCUUGUUUACCAUUUGAAUCAUUAGAUAAUCAAUAAAAUUUAAUGAUUUGUAAGCUACAAUUUUGACUUAAGAAUAUUGUCACAUAGUAAGAUGAGUAUGUAUUGUGUAUUAUUAACACAAUAUUUGUAAAUGCAUGUAGCAAAAAAAAAAAUUGACUUAAUUAAAGGACAAAUACAACAUCAUUCUCAACUCAUUUAAAUACUUAUUUUUAUAAAAAAAAAUCAAAAUUAGUAAUUUGUGUUUGGUAAAAUUUAUUUCUAAUUUAACUGUAAUGUACCUAACUUAUAAAAUAAUUUUUUUUUUUUUAUAGAAUAUUUUGGAAAAUGGUGGCUUGGAUCGAAGUUUGAGUGAUCCUGUGAGAUAUUUAGAUCAGCAUCGUAUGCUUAUGGAACAAGAAAAUGCUAUGAUGGCUUUAAAAGUGUCAGAAUACGAAAAUGCAUUAGCUGAGAAAGACUUGUCUAUUGAAUCCUUACAUACAGAUAUGAUCAAUUAUCAAAAUAACAACUACAUUCUUACAAAUCAGUAUAAAAGUUUAAUGGAAAGGUAAUAUAUAUUCUUGUAUAUAUUCUUGGCAAUCAGUUUAACAUCUCAUAAUUCAACAAUAAAAGUAUAUUGACCCAUUAUUGGGACCCUUUAUCCUUGUCAAAAUGUAAUAAUUUUAGUAUUUUUAAAAAGUUAAUAAUAUAUUAUGUAGGUAUUAAUAGAAGUUUUUAAGAACAUACUUUUUUAUUUCAUCCUUAAGACAUAUCCUUUUUUCCUAAUUACCAUAACUCAAUUUUAGUAGUUUAUUACAAAAAUUAUAUUAUUAUUGAAAGCUUAAUAAGCUUAAACAUUUUGCAUAUUAAAAAGCAACGUGGCUACUAAGUAGUAUAUUUAAAUGUACCUUAAAAUAUCAUUCUUGUAUAGCAUUUUGUUUACAUUUUUAUUUUCUUUAAUAAGUACAUUUUGAUUAUAUGACUAAAAAGUAAAUUUUAAAAAGGUCUUUUAAAAUUGUUUUUUAUUAUCAUAAGUUCAAUGAAAACUGAAUAUUGAUAUGAUACAUUUUUGUUUAAGUAGUAAAAAAACUAUGUUUUCUUUCAUGUAUAAAUAGUUGCGCCAAACUUAUCUAUUAGGGUGGCGGGGCCACCUUUGUUUUUUUAAAUAAUGGGUCUUGUAAAGGUAUAGGAGUUUUAAUUUUUGGUUUGGAUAGAUGAAACUAGGUAGUUAGUAAUCAAUUAUUGUAUUGAUUUGAAUAAGUCUGACUUAUUAGUUAUUAGUAUAUAUAUUGUUUUUAAGUAUCAUAAAUCAUAUUCGUGGUAGGUUUUUUGAAAUUUGAAUAUUUGAAUUUUCCCCUUUUAUGCUUAGGUACUGUGGUUUAUGGUGAUCAUAUUGUACUGACGUUUUAAUGGGUCAAACAUUAUUUUUAAAAUAGACAUUAAAACUACUCUGAGAAAUUUGUCUUUAAAAACCAAAUUAUUAAUGUAUUUUUUUUUUUCAGUACAAAAUCUUUAAAUGCUACUGGAAUGGGACUAAAUACAUGUUUCAAAAAUAUUUCUGAACGUUUAAAUAGACUUGAAGAUACAUUAGAUAAUGUGACAAAAAGACAAAAAGAAGUAUUAAUAACUAAUAAUACAUUUCAAGAUAAAGUUAUACGGGUGUCAUCAAAUAUUGAUAGUUUAUUUAAUCAAGGUCAGUACAGUAUUAUUAAUAUACUAAUUACUUGAUAUUCCACAGAAAUCUGAAUAAUGUAAUAACUUGUUCUUUUCAAAAUUUUAAUUUAUUUUUAUGUUUUGUGGUGAGGUAAGGUGGGGUUAGUGUGCGACUUUUUUUUUAAUAUAAUGACAGUUAAAUUAACUGUAUUAUUUAUCAGGUUCUAUGUAAACAUUUUCAUAGAACCCAUAUGUAUAUUUAAAGGGUCCAAUAGAUUAAUAUUUAAUUGAUUAGAAAAAUUAAAACAAAAAAUCUUAAGAGGUUACAUUUUCCCCAUUAGGGUAAAAAUGAAUCUUCAUAUAAAAGUAUGUUAUUACAUAUAUUGAAACAUUUUGAGUUAAGUUAUAUAAUUUAAAUCUUAUAAUAAUUUAUUUCAUAUGAAAAUGAAAAUUGAACCAUUAUUAGUUUAAGUAUUAAUAACCUAUGAACUUUUCAAAAAUAUAAAUUUAAGUAAGUAUUUCAGAUUUCAUAUUUUACAUUGAUUAGAUUAUCUGAUGACUGCUUUCUUUUGAUUUUCAUAUGGCAACCUAUAUCAAAAAUGUCAACACCAAAAUUUAUUUUAAAUAAUACUACAUCUAUUCAAGGCAUUUUCAAUAUAGGUUGCCAAAUCAAAAAUAGGCAGUCAUUACACACCCAAAAAUAAGGUGUACAAAAAAAUAAUGAUAACAUAACAUUUUAAAACUAUUUAUUUUUUAAUUUUUAAAAAAAAAAUUAAAAAAAGUCAAUACUUUUUGAAAUAAUGAAUGUUUAAUAAAAAAAUCACCUCACUUUAUAGUGAGGAAUUUAGAACCUAACCGCGAAUACUUCUAGGACUCUAUCUCACUCUUAGGCCAGACUUCUUACAGUAAUCCUUUUUUGUGAUUUAUGUAAUUUAUUAUCUACAGAAACUUCUGGUGAUAAUAGGAUCUAUGCUAUUCUUGUAUUUUUUUUUUUUUUAGUGAACAUAGAUAAAAUAAAAGCUAAAGAAGAACUUGAUGAUUUACUAAAUAAGCAUUCUCUUGAGUGUAUUACUUAUAAAACCAACUUAGAAGAAUGUGUGAAUAAAAUAGAAAACAUGAAAUCUGAGGUAAUUUUAGUACUAUAAUAUAUUACUGAUAAAUUAAUAAAUAAAACAAAUUAUAUCUAGUAGGUAAUGAACAACUAAAAUUAAAAAUUAUAAUUUAUAAGGUUGAAAUAUUUCUUAUUGUCAGUUAAAAGUUGAAUGUUAUAGCAUAAAAUUUUUUUUAUAAAUUUACAAAAUUAUAAUUUUUUCAGAAUGAUACACUAAAUAGAAAAUUGAAUGCAACAAACAUUGAAUUAAAUGAAGAAAAAGAAUCUGUAUUAAAAAAAAUGUAAACUAAAAUAAUGUUAAUUACUAAAUACGAUAAUAGAAAUUAUUUUUAUUUCCAUUUUAGUCAAUAUUUUGAAAAAAAAAUUAAAGAUACAACAGAUCAGAAUGUAUUACUUAUAAAUGAUAUUAAAGUUAUUACUGAUAAUUAUGAUGUAAUUUUAACUGAAAAUCAGUAUCUGAAAGAUGAGAUUACCAAAAUGAAGAUGUCUCUGUAAUUAUUAAAUUAUUUACUCCUUAGACAUAAUCUAUUAUAUUAAAUUUGAAUGUUUUAGAAAUGAAAAUGAAAAGCAACUUGAUUUAAAACUUAAAACAAUUGAAGAUCAAUCAAAAUUAUUUGAUAAUCUAAAACAAUCUGAAGAACUUAAUGAUAUGUUAAAAAAAAAUAAUUUUACUUUAAAAGAACGCAUUGAAUAUCUUGAAAAAAUUAAUAAUGAAUUAAUGGAUGAUAUUAGUAAUAAUAUAGUGUAUCAAAAUACCAUUCAAGAAGAAAAUGAGAACAAAUAUAAACAUGUAUGUACAAAUUAUGAUAAUGUUAGUCUUUUGUAUACAUUAUUUAAUGGAAAAUAAAUAUUUUUAUUUAUAUUUUCAAUAUUCUAAAUAUGUUAAUAAAUAUUCUGGGUUAUCCUAUUUAGGACAUACUUUUAGUAUUUUUAAUACAGCACUUCAUUUUGAAUGCUAAAAAUAAAAUAUUUAUGUUUUGUAUACUCACUGUAAUAUUAUCUGCAUAGUAUGUUAUUAUGGUAUUUCUGAUGACAUUGAUGCGCAUAUCUUAAACUUCUAGUUGAAAAUGUUUUCAUAACUAAAAAAUAUAAAAUAAAUUUGAUUUUGAUUUUUUCAGGCAUGUUGAAUUAUCCUUAGGUCAUGAUAUUUCAACAUCAAAUUUACUCAAAAUCUGAGAUAAACUUUUUCAUUAUAAAAAAAAAUCACUAUUAAUUAUAAUCAUUUUAUAAUAAAAACUUACUAUAAAAUAUUUUUUUUCAAAUUAGUAGUACUUUUUAAAUUUUUAAAAAAUGAUUAGAUACAUACAUCACUAAAAAUUGUAUGCAAUAUCAUAUUUCACUAAAUAUUUGUUUUAUUUAUUUACUUUUAAGACAUUAAAAGAUUACGAAGAAAAAAUUUUACAAUUAAAUAAAGAAUUAAAAUUACAAAAGGAAAAUGAAUUUACAGUUAAAAAUGAAGUUAUUGAUUUGAAACAGGAAGUUCAAAAUUCUAAUAAUACAAUAACUAAUUUACAAGACGAGUUAAAACUCAAUUUAACUUUAAUACCUCAAUUGCAAAACAAAAUUGAUGUAAGUAUUUGAUUUUGAUUUAAUUAAAUAAAGUUGGUUUAUAAUUACUUUAAAGUUGUAUUAUACUUCAUAGUUAUUAUUUAAUUAUUAAUUUAUGAUUUUAGAACUUAAAUAAUGAUUUAACUCUUAGUUAUAAAAAAUUGCAAGAUUGUAGUACAGAACUUGAAACAGAAAAAAAUAAAUUAGAAAAAGAAAAAAAUGAACUGGAAAAUCAAUUCAAAGAACAAAAUUUAAAACUCACUGAAACAACUGCUAAUUAUGUAAUUAUUAAAUAUUGAAUCUUGUACUAAUUAAAAUAAUAUUUAUAGGAUUUCUCUCAUUAUCUUAGUUUUUAUUGUUAAAUGUUGUAAUUUUUAAUAUUUUUCAAAAAUCUUAAAUUAUUCAAAAUUUAAUAAUAAUUCUGUAAAAUAGUGAUAACUUUUUUUUCAUAUUAUACAAAUGAAGGUGACAAUAAAUGUAUAAAUUGGUUAAGUGAAUUCUAUAAUGUAUGAUGUAGGUAUAAAUAGUAAUGAUAAAAGCGUAAUAACGAAUGUUGAGGAUAUAAAAGAGAUGGAAAAGUAUUUUGAGAAAUUACUGAAUAAACAAUAUGCAAGAGAGAGGGUAGAAGUGUUUUAGUAUUUCGAAAGUGUGGUGGGCUGUGAGGGGAAUGAAAAAUACAAAUUGGUAGGUCUAGAUAGUGUAUUAAUGGAAGUGUGGAAAAUAUCAGGGAAGCUAGGCAUAGGCUUAUUUAAAAGAAAUUUUCAAUAAGUUGUUACUAAAAGGGAAAAUGCCAAACGAGUGAUAGAAGAAUUUUCUAAUACCUAUCUUUAAAGUGAAGGGAGAUGUACAAAUGUGAUUGUGGACAUUAUAAAGGAAUACAAUUGAUGAGUCAUAGUAUAGUAUGAAGAUGUAGAAAAAAAUCACAGAAAAGAAAAUUAGAAGUGAGAAAUAAAUAUUUAAGAACCAGUUUGGUUUUAUGCCAGGAAAAUUGAUGAUUGAGCUGGUGUUUGUGUAAAACUGAUAGUAGAAAAAUACAGAGAGAACUAGACAAAUUAAUGUAUAGCCUUAUAGAUGUAGACUUAGGACAGAAUGUGAAUAGAGGUUCUGAUGUGGAUGUUAAUAAGAAAAGGAGUUCUAUGAUUGUAUAUUAGUUUGAUAGAGGAAAUAUAUGAAGUUUGAAAUACAAAAUGUAAAAAAUGUGUGAAGGAGAAGAAGUAAAAUUUUUAUGGUGUUAUUUCUUGGUGUUCAUAAAAAAAAAAAAAAAACAUUACACUCAACUUUUUUUCACUGACAAAUGUUUAAACAUUUAAAAAAAAUUAAGAAGUCUAAAAUUGUAGGUAGGUGUGUUUAAGACUAAAUAAACAGUUAAUUCAAAAACGGCCAAUAUAUUUUGAAAAUUUCAAUCCUACAACUAUUUUACAUUGAAUUAAAAUUAUAAAAUCAGUGACCUCUCUAAUCUACAACUAAAUCAAAUUUGCUAUGAGAAACCACCCCAGAUGUUGAAGUAAGAUUUCUGAUCACAUGGUUAUUCAUGGAAAAGCACACCUUAAUUAAAAUGAAUACUAUUCUUCAGUUUGCUCAGAAUUUGAAAUAUACAGAUAAUUUACAGAUAAUUUUUGUACAAUAUAAUAAUUAUUUUAUUUUAGAUUAAAUAUAAAUCAAAGGUCAUGCCAUUGUACUCAGAAGUCUUGAGACUACGUCAGAAAUGUUUAUUAUUUGAGCAAAAAAAAUCCUCUGAACACCAUUUAACAGAAACCAUUGAGGAGGUAUGUUAUUCUGUGUUAUUACAAAAAUUAAAAUUAAUUUGAUUAUUAAUGAAUUAUUUGAAAAUUAAGGAUGAUGUAAGUAAUACCGAAUUUGUUGGUGAAGAUAUAUCAAAUAAGCAUGUAUUGUCUGUUUCCUACAAUACAAAUCAAAGUUCUUUAAAUUGUUCGAGUAAAAGAAAUUCUCUUUAUAUUGAUAAUACUAGUUUGAAAAAACAUAAAACAUCUAAUGACAUGGGUUUCUGUCAAGUAAGUUAUAUCGAAACAUACAUUAUAUCAAGUAAUUUCUUAUAUUAACUACAUUAUUUAAUAAAAACAAAAAAAUCGAAUAUAAGUAUUAAAAAAGUUGUGUGUAAAUUUAAUUACAACUGGGAGGUGUAAAAAAAUUAAUAAUUUUUUCUAUAUAUUUUUAUUUUUGUAUUAUUUUUUGUCUUUGCUGUUUUAUUACCUGAUGAUUGUUUAAAUUGUAACACACAAGCAUAAUAAUACUCAAGACUGUUUUGUUCUUUUUCUAUAUGUAUAUAUUUUUCUAAAUAUAUAUAUAUAUUUAUUUGUUUUAGAUUUAUUUAAAACAACUUGUUUUUUUUUAAUGGAAUGUAUUAAUUUAAUUUAAUGUUAGAAAUUGUCGUUGACAUAAAUAGUAUUUGGGAUUUAAAGGAACCAAAAACCUGACUUCAACUGAGAAAAAAGAAAGAACUGAGAUGUUUACAAAAUUAUACACUUUCAAAUAAUUUUUACCCCCACACUCAUUUCAAAUAUUACACUUUUGCCUAUUUACAAUACAAUAAAACUUACUAAAAAUAUUUACAAAUAUACUUUUUUCAUCUAGUCUAUAAUGGUUAGGUACAAUCUAACUAUUUAUUAUAAAUUCAAAAUACAUUAUGCAUAUUUCACACAUUUAAACACCUCAGUAUUAUUAUUUAUUAAUUUAUAAUAUGUUUUUAGAAAUAUUCAAUUCAAUUAAUGAAAAAAAAAACAGAACAAGUUUGGGGAGACUAUUGACUUUUUUACACUUAUGGAAAUUAUUGUAUGUUGUAAUUUAGUUUUUAUUUCAUGAUAUUAGUUAAGUUAUAAUUUGAAAUAAAUUUAAUAUUAUGUAAUGAAAUAUAUUUUUAUUUAGGUACAUAUUUUAAUUGAUACAAUUUAAAUGAAAUAGAUGUAUAACAUUAAAAUAGUAUUUCUCAAUAAAGUUAAAGAUUUAAAUAGAAUAUUAUUUUAUAUAAAUAUACGUUAAAAUAUGUUGUUUAAUUGAACAAGGCAACAAUUAUUUACUAUUGUUUAAAAAAAUUAUGUUUUAUUUAUCAAUAGGAAAAUAUUGAGUGCAGCAAUAAUUUAAAACAUAAUUUAUACAAAGCAAAUAUAAUUUGUUUAGGUUUUGAGUCCUGAAAAAGAAAGUUAUAUGGAAAAUGAAAGUAAAAAAAAUCAAGUUACUACAAAUACUAGUUCAAAUGUUUCUGUUAAAAAAUUAUUUAAAAUACCUGUUGAACUUAGGCCAGCUCAGGUAAACUUGUAGUUUAAAGACGAAUACUUAAAUUUAUUGAAUAUUAUAUGUUUCCAGGACAAAAUGAAGUCUACAUUAAUGCGAAAAAAUGAUAUGCCUAAGCCAAACUCUCCUGUUCCAAUCACCACACCUACAAAUGAAACUUACGGAAAUUGAAAAAUAGUUAAAAAUUAAGUCAUAU